UAUAUUAAUAAACUUUUAGCUACUAGUAGUACACAAAUAUAAAUCGCAUACUGCAAGAGAGAGAGAGAGAGAGAGUGAAAAUGGCGGAAGGAGAACGUCGCGCCAGCGGCAUGGAGUUCCCAAAGACUUUAUGGCUGGUGUUCCCAAAGUGACGGGCCAGGGCCAGCCUGCCGAGGUGCGAGAGUUCAUUGACAUCGAGAUUGACAACAUUUGGUUCCACGUGAGCACCAACACCAAGAUCAACCUGCAAUACAUUGACCACGCCGCGGACUGCAGCAGCACCUUCCUGUCGUCUGGAGAGCUUCAAUUACAACUGCAAGAUUCGGAGUUCUCUGUGAUUCUCAACAAGCGAGGAACAGUGCGUGGCGUUGCAGGGUGUGUGACAGAGGCAGCAGCAGCUUUGGCGGCCAUGAAGGCAAUGAUGCUCCUGAAAACGCUGGGAUAUCACAUCAGGGCACAUAACUUCAGGAUCACAAAUGUGGUUGCUAGAGGACAGGUGCCCUUCAGAAUAGACAUUAAGUCACUGCACCAGGACAACAAGAAGCAUCUACAAUACAGCUUUGGAGAGAAUGGAGAAGAGCAGCAAAAACUGACAACCUUCAUCCCUUCAGUUCACACCACAGUUAAUAUUACUCCCCAUGGGAAAUUGUUUUUCUUUAGUCCCAAUGUGGAGAAAUUGCUGCAGGCUUCUAAGUACAUCUACCCACGCCUGCGUCCCUACGCUGUCCUUCCCACCAAGCCCAGCCAGCUGUAGUUUGAGAUAUUCAAGGUACCAUUCACCUCCUCUUGUAUACAAAAAAACAGAAGUACAUAUGAUCAACAUUGCAUGUCAAUUUUGUAUGAAGUUCAUUGUAACCAAUUAGAAGGCAGAUGAAGAAGUGAAACCAAACUAUCAGAGGUGAUUAAGCAUGUCUGCCUCUAAAGGAUAUAUAAUCUGAGGCUGCAACAGUGAUUUACAUUGAAGGAGCAGUCACAACAUGAAUGCCUUGAUGUAGCUGAGCAUUGUCUCACUGACUUUCAUUGGUGUCAUGAGUCAGUAGUGUAGUGAAGGACAGAGAUCCCAGUAUGACAUAUGAUAAUGUCUGAGAAGUGCCAUUGAGUAUUUUGAAGGUAGAACAGUUUUUGAUAAGAGUAGCCAACACAUUAUGUGCCUUAGGAAAAUAAAAAUGUAAAGGAAAUUUAUCAUUACAGUUUUCUGUUAAUAUUGAAAUUUGCUUGAUUUCAUUAUUGUUUGAGUACAUAUGGAGGAAAAAACAGUCUUGCUACUCUGUUCACACUGAGACAACACUAUUAUUGAAAUCACUGUGUGUCAUGAAAGAUGACUGAAAAGAAUGGAGUACGAGGACCUGAAACAUUACAUGUGCUGUAUUCCCACAAUCAGACAAAGCAGUGUAUGUUGAUUUGGUAAAACCCUUAUUAGGGAGAUCUCUGCUUUGCAUGUAUAGAUAGAUACACUAAAGUAUAUAUACAGUACAGUCAAGUCUGCCAAUGUCACUUGUUUUUCAUUUGUUACAGAUCAUUAUAAAGCCCAAUACAUAUAAAUCUACUUUCAAAUAGUACGUA